CGCAUCACUGCAUUCCCUUAUCCACGGAUGACUGUGAUGCACACAGACCUAUGCAGCUCGCAGCGAGGCCCACACAGGCAACGUGGUAUCCUGCAUGAUCUACAGGCAUUUCCAUGUAGAAAUUAUCCAGGCGUUCACUGCGCAGAUUUCUGUGCUAGUGCAUGGAUUCAGAACACUUAUGUUAGAAGUGGUACAUGGUAACUUAUAAUACUGGUACUUGGUAGUGCGAAAUUGAGGAUUGAAGAUUUGGCUUUCUUGGGAAAACCACUGAAAUUGGGAGCCAGACCUUAGCAGUCCAUCACCUGACUGAACUCCGGAAGCUAAAGAUAGCAGGAGCAAAAAGGACAAGCCGAACUAGGAGAAAUCUGUGCCGAUCAUCGCACGCUCAGCUGUUGAAAUUUCACGGUGGGUCGGUGACGACUGGUGUUUUUUUGGCGGGAAGGUUGCACACAUGCCCAAGCGGUUUUGAAGCACGCCCUCUGUUGAUGCAGUUCCCGUGCAAGACCUAUCUUAAAGGCGUAUCUAUUUUCGUGAAGCUGAUUCAGAUGUGACCCGAAAAUUCUUCUUAAGCACAGGGAUAAGGACAACGAAAACAUACGAGAGUGCAUACCUCCCGCUGUGAUGUGUACUAAAAAGUAGGCCAGUUAAACGAACAGCACAAAAGUCAGACCCCGCGUGCAAAUAUCACUGACCUUGCUUUUUGUGAUUUUUCGGUCUUUUUUGUAUAACAAUUGAAUGCUCUUGCUCCAAGGGGCCCGCACACCCCGUCGCUUCGACCUGGUUUUCAUUACACUUAAGGACCUGCAUGAUACCUUUAUUCACCAAAUGAGGAGAUGAAACUACAUUAAACUACAAACUACAUGCAGUUGAAAAAACUGACAGAAAUUUGUUAAAGGAAAACCUCUGAACAAGCUUGUAUCAAAAUCUGACUGAACCCAAACUAUCCGACGUUGUCAAGCAACGCUGAAUCGUUUACCCCACCCACACACAGUUCAAUGAAGUACACAAUUCAGGGUCAUCGAUACAAAACGAUAAGCAGGCUUUGAAAAAAAAAAGAACAUAAUCUAAGUUGAGAAAUUAAAAACUAAAAUCGCUCAGGCGAAACCUUUACGCAAAUCUCUGUUGUCGGGACUGACUAGUGCAGCCUUCACUGCCGUGACCUUAUUAAAUAGGGACCGGCAAAUCCAUUAUUCAUGUCGCCACCGAGCGAAGCCAAGCCCGCCGUGGCGAAAAAGCCUGCAGCCCGCGGCGGCGCUGCUCAGAGUCCAUCAGCUACGGGAGGAGGACGGACGAUGGGCAAUGGAGCGGGUUCACAAUCCCGGGCCUCCCCCGGUGCCGCCGGCAGGUCGCAGAACGGGAAGGGGAAAGAAGACACGGAGGUGCUCAAACUCCGGGCCAAAGUGGCCCAGCUGACGCUGGAUAUCCGGGAUAAAGAUGCCGAUCUGGAGUCGGUCAGGAAGGAGAUGAGGUCCCGCGACGAGCUCAUGAAGGAGCGGGACCAGGAGAUAGGGAAGCUGCGGGAAGAAGUGCACAAACUCCGGUCUGUGCUUCAGCAGCGGACCCUGCAAGAUGUGGUACGCCCGGACAUCUUGUCCACCAUCCAGGAGGAACGGGGCAUGGCCGGGGGCAACAAAGACCGGAACAAGAAACAAGGGGUGUCUGGCGAGAGUGGCAUCCAGAACAACGUGUCAUCGGCAGCUGAUAAUACCUUGCAGAGAUACGAGAAAGACUUCAAUUCCAGACAGUUGAUCAAGAGUGCCAUCUUGAACAAUGACUUCACCAAGAACUUUGACGCCACCCAGGUUAAAGAGAUCGUGGAGUGUAUGUACCCUAUGGAGUACAAGGCGGGCCAGCUGGUUAUCAGAGAGGGCGAUGCAGGGGCACACUUCUAUGUCGCUGGAGAUGGGAAUCUGGAGGUCAGUAAAGCCGACAAGGUCCUGGGUAAGAUGGGACGAGGAAAGGUGUUUGGAGAACUUGCCAUUCUCUACAAUUGCACAAGGACAGCUACAGUCACAGCUGUGACAGAUGCCAAGAUAUGGGCCAUAGACCGGACAGUGUUCCAAGUCAUUAUGAUGAAGACUGCCAUGCAGAGGCACGAUGAGCAUCUGCAGUUUCUCAAGAGUGUACAAAUAAUGAAGGCGCUGUCAGCAUCCAACUUGUUCAAGCUUGCUGAGAGUCUUGAAGUAGACUUCUUCCUGGAAGGAGAGUACAUCGUCCGCGAGGGUACAAGGGGCGACACUUUCUACAUCAUCAGCAAGGGAUCGGUGAGGAUUACUCAGUCUGUUACGGGUCAGGAUGAACCACAGGAAGUGAGACAGUUAGUAAAAGGGGAUUACUUUGGGGAGAAGGCCCUACUAAGUGAAGAUGUACGGACGGCAAAUGUCAUUGCCGGAACAGAAGGAUGCGAGGUUCUCGUCAUGGAUAGGAUAGUUUUCAAUGAGUUGAUCGGUAACCUACAAGAACUACAAAACAAGGACUAUGGGGAUCAAGAGAGAGGUGCCGCAAGAUACAGGAAUUCACAAGGAGGGCCAGACAAUAACUCCAACAUUACGAAAUCAAGCAACUCUUCGGAGCCGGAUACCCAAAGGCAGAGUCUCAAGGACAAGUUCAGCAACAUUGAGUUGGAUGAUCUAGACAUCAUCGCCACACUUGGAAUCGGCGGAUUUGGCAGGGUAGAACUGGUUGGAGUCGCAGGAGACAAGAGGACCUUUGCCCUCAAGUGUCUCAAGAAAUAUCACAUUGUUGAAACGAGACAACAAGAGCAUAUCUACUCCGAGAAGAAGAUCAUGAUGAAUGCAAACUGCCCGUUCAUUGCAAAAUUAUACAAGACGUUCAGGGACAGCAAGUACGUGUACAUGCUGAUGGAGGUGUGCCUAGGAGGGGAACUCUGGACCAUUCUCAGAGACAGAGGGUCGUUUGAUGACCACACAGCACGUUUCUGCAUAGCGUGUGUUAUUGAGGCCUUCUCCUACCUGCACAGUAAAGGGAUUGUUUAUCGCGAUCUCAAACCAGAAAAUCUGCUGCUUGAUUCCAAAGGCAACGUCAAGAUGGUCGACUUUGGCUUCGCCAAGCACAUUGGCUUUGGUCGCAAGACGUGGACAUUCUGUGGCACACCAGAGUACGUCGCCCCAGAGAUCAUACUAAACAAAGGACAUGACUAUGCUGCUGACUACUGGUCAUUGGGAAUCCUGAUAUUUGAGCUUCUCACCGGCAACCCACCGUUCACUUCUGCCGACCCAAUGAAGACCUACAACAUCAUCCUGAAGGGUAUCGACAUCGUAGAGUUUCCCAAGAAGGUCUCGCGUCACGCAUCUGCAUUGAUCAAGAAGCUGUGCCGCGACAAUCCCGCCGAGAGGAUUGGAUAUCAGAAGAACGGCAUCUUAGACAUCAAGAAACACAAGUGGUUCCAAGGGUUUGACUGGGAAGGCCUGCAGAAACAAAAGAUUGUCCCACCUAUAACGCCCAAGGUGCACAGCACCGACGACGCCAGUAAUUUCGACUCCUACGGCAAAGAUCUGGAGAUUCCUCCUGAUGAACUCACGGGUUGGGACGACAGUUUCUAAGACCCGUGCCUGAAAUGUUUCUGCACUGCGGUUAUUGACAAAGACCUAGACAGUGGCCAUCAGGCUCAACAUUAUGCCGAAGUGAAACAACGUGGCAGGGAUUGCAGAAACCAGACCUUGGCUUUUCCGUUGCUGCCUCCCUCUUUCUCGCUCUUAAAUAACAAAAGAAGCUUGACAACAGUCUCAGAGAAUUAAAGAAUUCUCUCUAAUCUUAUUCAUCCUUGCUUACCUCCUUAAUUUUAUUAUGUGUUGUUUUGGGCAAAUAUUUUUUUUUCUCUUUUUGUGUAAAAAUUAUUAUACAUACGUGUAUCUCUAAUUUAUUAUUGUAUAACUGGCUCUAACAAGGGAACAUUCUUGGAGUAAAAAAAAUAGGAAAUUUUGGAACCGCAGGAUAGUUUGGGUAAACUUGGCUCCACUUUAACAAUUUCUUAAACUUUCAAAGGGCAUUCAGUGGGUUCAACCAUUGUUGAAAAUCGUUGGAGAAAAAAAAAAUCCAAUAAUGUAUCAUUAGCGUUUAUACAUAAUUAAGAAAAAAAUAUAAAUGGCAGAAAAAAAUCAAAGAUAAGAAGUGGGUUAAGUGUUUAAGCAGAAUUGAACUGUUUUUGUAAAGUGUUUGUAAAAGGUUGCUCUUCCAGUUUUUGAAUUAUGACACCUACUUUUUGGUGUAGUGCAUAUUUUUGUUAAGCACGUGCCGACGAUGAAUGCUUGAUGUUUUAUACAUAACACUUUGAAGUGAAAAGCUUUGUGGGGAUAAUUAGGAUUAGAAACUAUAUUUUAAAAAAUAUAUAAAAAUAGGUCUUUGGUAGAUUUUGUUACAAACAACUUAGAGAACAAUAUCAGGAUGGAAUAUGACUGGUGCUUUUGUAUUAACUGAAAAGAAAUGAUGAUGAAUUAAGCUUGAAUAAUCAGUGCAACAACUUUUGCUUAACUCUUUUUUUUUGGUAAGCAUACAUUUAUAUAUUGUCAGUUAAAUACUUAAAAAAAUUGACACUCUGAAACAAACAGAAUUACUCCAUAACCCGGAAACGAGCAAAACAUUUUUUUUUAAUCGAAGCUGGGGGAUUAGGUCUGUUUAUGUCAAGCAAAAAAUCUUGUUGUAAAUUUUGCUAGAACUCACUUCAGUAAAAUUUUGAUGUCAGUGAAGUUUUUGUACAUACUAAUAUCAUUGUGGUGUUUCUAAUGUAAUUAAAUUUUAAAAAGUAUAUAUAUAUUUUUAUACAUUUUUCUGCAAGGAAUCCGCAAGUCCUUUUCUGUCCACUACGUAAGUCCAAAACAUCUUUCAGCCGAGAUUUUCAAUUUAAAAAAUGGGCGAGAUAUGUCUUAGGUAUGGUCCCAGCUGUGAAGACAUGUUGCUUUUGUAAAUUUUCAGUUUGUGUCAAAUUUUCCAAAAGCAUACCAAUUUUGCACAGACAUGUUGUUGCUAAGUAAACAAUAUAUAAUUGGUUCCCAGCCAAUCUUUGCUCAACAGGAAAAAACACUGGGCAGAGUUUUCUCCUACGCAGCCUGGGCCUGGGUCCUCAUAGGAUUAGGAACUCUCUUUAACAAAAAAAAAACCAUGCUGGCUGUUGGGGGAAAAAGUUGGUCUUGUAAAAAGCAUUGCUACAAAUUGCCAUGUGAAUGGUAAUUGUUCUUAUCAUGCUGAUCAUGUUUAAUAUGUAAAUAAGGAAACUUGGUUUUUGUUGUAAAGAAUAACAUGUGUAAUUGUUUGGGGUUUU